AACAGCGUGGUGAGAUUUUGUGACAAAAGUGGAGGGUGAGACAUCAACUUCAGCAUUCGAACACUGGACUCUGAGACAUCAACAACCCGAAUGACUUCUCACUCUUUGGAGGGAGGAACUGCAGAGUAUUAAUGUUUACCGACUACAUCUAUCUCUCGACACCCAGUAAACCUGACUAGGAGCACGCCAAGCGGCCACCCAAGCUACACCAGCAACCUGCAACACAGAUUCCGUGGCCCUCCCUUCGGAAAAUCAACUGCUAGAUUUGUUGAACUCGUUGGACUUGUAUCAGGACGACAGUAUGAAUCCAAUGUGCAACAACGACAUGCUCUUUCCCGAUCUGAGCGCCGACCACACCCACAUGACCUCUGACCUGCCCCAGGCCAUGAGAGUCUCCAUGAGUGGGGAGGAGGAAAGCCUUAGGAGUGUGCUGACCCCGCCCGACAGCCCAGUGUUUGCAGAGCUGACCACGCCUCACAACCAGCACACCACGCCUAACAACCAGGGGCCUAUGUUCCAGGAGGGGGUAGUGCCCAACCUGAAAUACGAACCUCAGGACACUUACAAUAUUAUGAACACUAUGUGUUCUCCAAUGUAUCCAGAACAACCAUCCUUCAGUGAAGGAAUAAUAUGUGAUGUUCCUUUUGGAGCGUCGAACCACGUACUUGUUAAACAAGAAUUUAUUGAACAAGAGUUCUCGGACUGUUUCUCAAAUGGACAAGCAGAAUCAGCAGCACCUCAGUGGCAGCACCACGGAUACCUUGAUUAUGAAGAUUAUCCUCCAGCACCACAACACCCACCAACCUUCGAUGCAAACUUUGACACAUUGCCAAACGUUGAACACUUCCUGAAGACACUGAUGGAUCCACAGAGGCCCACAAAUCCCAGCUACCAGUACAGAGGAAGCAAUUCUGCUGGGGAAGAAACAGAGUUCGAAAGCGAGAGUGAAGCCAGUUUCACCCUCCCGAACUCCCCGGCCACAUCGGACGAGGGUUAUCUGUCCAUCAGCCAACACCCAACAGCUCAUGCUCACCGCACCCACAACUACCAGAGGAAGACGAUUGACAAGAGCCUGUCCCUCCUCAGGGGCGUGACCCACAAAGACAGCAAGAGGGGGCGUGGCCGCCCACGUAAGAUGCAUCCCAUCUCCAGCACGAGCAGUGAUGACAGUGAUGAGGAGGUCACAACCAGACGUGGACGUGGCCGACGAGAAGCCAUGCGCGGCAACCAUCUGUGGGAGUUCAUCCGCGACCUCCUGAAGGACAGCAUGUGCUGCCCCAAGUACAUCCGCUGGGAGGACAGAAAAGACGGGGUGUUCCGCUUUGUCAACUCUGAGGCCGUGGCCACCAUGUGGGGUCGCAAGAAGAACAACCCGCAGAUGACCUACGAGAAGCUGAGCCGUGCGAUGAGGUACUACUACAAACGCGAGAUUCUUGAAAGGGUCGAUGGCCGACGUCUUGUCUACAAGUUUGGGAAGAACGCGGCUGGGUGGAGAGAAGCUGCAGGGCUAGACAGCGAUACCGAGAGCAUGUAGGUUGAUAGAACCCACAACAAAGGUGUAGACAGACUGAAAGAGACAUUUAGACUGAAAUUAUAAGGCUUGUAAUGGGCAUAAGUGAUGGAUUUAAUAAAAAUACACAUAUACAUGUACAAAUAUUAAUGUCCGAGACUGGUGUUAAAGUAUUAACGAAAUAUCAGAAACGUAAGGAUCUAUUCUUUAUUAAUGGAUGUUUUUUGUUUAAAGUUUUUCCAUUCAUUGUCAUGAUGUUGCUUGAUACAUGCAUUUUAUACUUAUGCUAUGCAGUAGACUGACUAAGACAUUUAUAUUUUGUAUACUGGUGAAAAACAAAGAAUUGGACACAAAUCAAUGUCAAAACAAAAUGAAGACAAUUAGGUCUAUAGAGACAGUAAACUGAAUGAUAGUUUUUUGUGGAAAAAAAGUCAGAGAGAAAGAUUUUUAACAAUGCUUUUGGAGCAAAUGUCAGAAAAGUAGAAGAGUUAAAUUUGCACCUACACAACAAAUUUGAAAUAUCUUUCUUGGUCUUGUAAAGAAAGAAAAUAUUUUAAAAGGCGAGGUUCAAACUUAAAGCUGGCAUUUAUCCACAGAGUUGUACAAAUACAUCCCAAAGAUUAAGAGACCUACCAAAUGUAUUUUGUAAUGAACCUGUUUAUAGUUAAUGGGAAUUCCCUCCAUUUCAUGUGGUAAUUACAAUAAAGUUUAUUCCAAACUUUAAACUUUAAUUUGGGACAGUUUCAAAGAAUGUAUCGUUCACAUUCCAAAUAUAAAACUUUAUUGUGAAAGGACAUUCAGUAGCAACUGUCUUGGAUUGAAAAUCAUUUGAAUUUGUGUUCACUUGAUAACAAAAAAUGUUACAAAUCUCAAAGCAAGUUGUAUCCUUGAGAUAAUCAUGUAAUAUGGAUGGUCAUAAAGUCUCUAAUAACAAAAUUAAUGUAGAUAAUGAAUAAUACUUAUUCAGUACUUAUGCAUUUGUUAAAUAUCUUUAUGCUGGAAGAAUACUUUUUGCAACCAUUACAAACAAAUGUACAGUUAUGCAUUGAUGUACUAUUAAGCAUUGUAUUUAAGAUUUAUUAUUGUAACUUAUAUUAUGUAUUUUCCAACCUUUUUUUACAAUUUUAUAAUUUUUACUGUUUUUCUAUUGCAAAAUGUAAAUAUAGUUUAUACUUUUCAUGAAAUGGCUGAUUGGAAUGUCAAAGGUAGAAAAACGUAAAUAAUGCACUAUACAUGUACACAGCUACAAGUUAAGAUUUCUGUAAAUAUAAAAUAUGAGGAAACAAGUCAGCUGAGUACUUACCUUUUAUAGUUUGAGGAAAUAGAUAAGUAAAUUGAAUGAAUUUAUGAAUUUUUUCAUUGUUCAUAUUCCAAAAA